AUGGACCAUGAGAAAGCAGGAAUGGAAGACUCUAGUAAUUUAAUUUAUCAUGGACUAUCCAACUUGAAAGAUGGCAGUUUUGAGAUUCCUGAAUGGUUUUCACACCAAAUUAAUGAACAAUUUUCUGUUCAAAGAAAGGAACUAGAGAAGGGGAAUUUUCCCACUGAUUUUAUCACCUCUGUUGAAAAGGAUGUUCAAAAGAUGAUUAAAGAUGAGAACAUUGCUGAUCAAAUAAUUCAUAUGGAGAGAGGAAGACAAGAAGAAGCUUUGAAGAAUUUCAUAUCACAUGCUUUCAAGACAUCAGUUACAGAACACAGGAUUCCAGACAUUCCUGGAUGGUUUUUCCCCUAUGUCAACAAGCUAUUUUCUAAUGGCAGAGAAAAUCUCCAGAAGGAUGGCAUUUCAAAUGACAUUAUCAACUCUGUUGAAGAAUAUACUCUAAAAUUGCUUAGAAAUGAAAAAUUUGCUGAAAAAGCUGGACAGAUCAAACCAGAAGAUUUCGAUGAAUUCAUAAACCACAGUUUGAAAUAUUUUUACAAGAUAGCAGUGGAAAAUAUAAUAUUGAAACCAGAAAAAUCUUUUGGCAAGGAUUCCUAGGAAAAUGGGUAUUUC